AUUCCUGUCUAUAAUGUUGAUGGUACACUAAAUGUGGGUGGCUGCAUUACGCACAAAUGUUCCUUUGUGGCUACCCAACUAGGGAAAAUUAACUUAAUUUUGGGCUGGACCUGGCUAUUCAAACACAAUCCUGAGAUUGACUGGCAGACAGGGGUUGUCACAUUGUCA